AUGGGGAAAAAGGCUAUCCAGUUUGGCGGUGGAAACAUUGGCCGUGGCUUCGUGGCUGAGUUCCUCCACGCUGCCGGCUAUGAAGUCGUCUUCAUUGAUGUCAUGGAUAGCGUCAUCAACUCUUUGCAGCAGACCCCGUCGUACGAUGUCACGGAGGUCAGCGAAGAGGGUGAAAGCACCAAGACCAUCACCAACUAUCGCGCUAUCAACUCGAAGACGCAUGAGGCCGACGUUGUUCAGGAGAUCGCAUCGGCCGAUGUGGUUACCUGUGCUGUCGGCCCCAACAUCCUCAAGUUUAUCGCGCCAGUCAUUGCCAAGGGUAUUGAUGCGCGCACCGAAAAGAAGCCCGUGGCGGUGAUCGCCUGUGAGAACGCUAUCGGUGCUACGGAUACCUUGCACGGCUACAUCAAGCAGCACACCAGCCCUGACCGUUUGGAGACCCUCUCCGAGCGUGCCCGCUUUGCCAACUCGGCUAUUGACCGCAUUGUCCCCAACCAGCCCCCGAACAGUGGUCUCAAUGUUCGCAUCGAGAAGUUCUACGAGUGGGCCGUGGAGCAGACUCCUUUUGGCGAAUGGGGCCAUCCCGACAUCCCUGCCAUCCACUGGGUGGACCACCUCGAACCUUACAUUGAACGCAAGCUCUUCACCGUCAACACCGGUCAUGCUACCACGGCUUACUAUGCCCACAAACGUGGCAAGAAGAUGAUCGCUGAGGCCCUCGAAGACCCAGAGAUCCGCGAGACUGUGCACAAGGUGCUCGAGGAGACUGCCUCUCUCAUUACAGACAAGCAUGAGAUCUCAGAGCAGGAGCAGAAGGAGUACGUUGACAAGAUCGUCAGCCGUAUUUCCAACCCGUAUCUCGAGGACAACGUUGACCGUGUGGGACGUGCUCCUCUUCGCAAACUGUCUCGCAAGGAACGCUUCAUUGGGCCUGCCUCGCAGCUUGCAGAGCGUGGCAAGACGUUCGAUGCUCUGCUGGGCGCCAUUGAGAUGGCUCUUAGCUUCCAGGACGUCCCAGGCGAUGAGGAGAGUUCCGAGCUUGCUCAAAUUCUGAAGGAUAACUCGGCCGAGGACGCCACCUCCCAACUCACCGGUUUGGAGAAAGACCACCCACUUUAUUCUCAUGUGGUGAAGCGUGUUUCCACGGUCCAGCAAGGCGCCAAAUAA